GCAGACGUCGACUCGAACCUCCUCGGCACGGGCAAGGUGACCAAGGCCGCCAUCCUCGGCCAGCAGGGCGGCGUGUGGGCCCAGUCCCAGGGCUACAACCUCGCGCCCGACGAGCAGAACGCCAUCGUCGCCGCCUUCAACGACCCCUCGUCGGCCCAGGCGAGCGGCGUCCGUGCCGCCGGCACAAAGUUCCUCACCAUCCGUGCCGACGACCGCAGCGUGUACGGCAAGAAGCAGGCCGACGGCAUCGUGUGCGUCAAGACGACGCAGGCAGUGCUCGUCGCCGAGUACUCGCACCCGACCGUGCCCGGCGAGGCGACCAAGAUUGUCGAGGACCUCGCCGACUACCUGAUCGGCGUCGGCUACUAG